GGCGGCUGUUGCUUGAGACAGAACUGAACGGGUUCUCUUCUCUUUACGAAGGUCGGACUCGGUGUGACCGAACCGGCGAAUUAUUUUGCUUGGACAAAAUGAUGUCCUUGGCGUGUCGUUCCGGGGCUUUGACCCCCUAUCUGCAGGCAACGAACGUAACUGUUAACGGGACAUUAAAAGCUUUGACAUCGGGGACAUUCAACGCAAGUGAAAAUGUGAAGAAAGCUCUUGAAGCCAGAACGCGACACUGCGUCAGCGCUCCUGCCGGAGUCCGGUUCGCCCACACAGACAUCAAGAUCCCUGACUUCUCGGACUACCGGCGGCCCGAGGUGAUGGACCCCAACAAGUCGUCACAGGAGAGCAGCGAGGCGCGGCGGUCCUUCUCCUAUGUGCUGACGGGCGCCACCACGGUGGUGGGCAUCUACACGGCCAAGACGGUGGUCUCGCAGUUCGUGUCCUCCAUGAGUGCCUCGGCCGACGUCCUGGCCCUGUCCAAGAUCGAGAUCAAGCUGGGCGACAUCCCCGAGGGCAAGAACAUGACCUUCAAAUGGCGCGGCAAACCCUUGUUUGUCCGGCACCGCACCGAGAAGGAGAUUGCAGCCGAGGCCGCCGUAGACUUAGGCGAGCUGCGUGAUCCCCAGCAUGACAAGGACCGCGUCCAGAACCCCCAGUGGGUCAUCGUCCUGGGAGUCUGCACCCACCUGGGCUGCGUGCCCAUCGCCAACGCCGGGGACUAUGGUGGCUACUACUGUCCCUGCCAUGGCUCCCACUACGACGCCUCUGGCCGCAUCCGCAAGGGACCCGCACCCCUCAACCUGGAGGUGCCCUACUACGAGUUCCCCGAUGAUGACACGGUAGUGGUGGGAUAGAUUAAACCUACAGAGUACAGACUGAUCAUUCCUUCUGUGUUUGUAUUUGUGUUCCCUCUUAAAUGUCUGGUCCCUAAAUACAAAGUAUAAUAAAUUCUUUUAAAACAA